AUGGAUCAGGGGGCCAACACUAACAUCACUGCUGAAAAUGAUGGAAGUGGACGGUGUGAAGGGAUGGACAAUGAUUCCCAGGAUGCAUCGCAACAACCACAGGGGCGCGACACUGACAGUGCUGGAAAUAAUGUGAAUGAUGGCAAAGGGAUGGACAAUGAUUCUGAGGAUGCCAUUGCUGGAAAUGGAGAUGAAGAGAGGUGCGACACUGACACUGCUGGAAAUAAUGUGAAUGAUGGCAAAGGGAUGGACAAUGAUUUUGAGGAUGCCAUUGCUGGAAAUGGAGAGGAUGAAGAGAGGUCUUCACGGCCACCUGCAUCGCAAAAACCACAGGGGGGCGAAACUGACACUGCUGGAAAUAAUGUGAAUGAUGGCAAUGGACCUACGCUCAGAAACAGAGAAGCCAUUGGAAGGCCUAAAAGGGGAUCAAGGCUCCAUACUGAGUUAGAGAGGGGGAUCAGUCCUAAUGUGCCAAAACCAAAACGAAUGCGAGGUAUUGCUACGCCUGGUACUAUUCAACUAGUACCAAGAGCGAUAAAAACACCGCGUGGAUAUAAAGAACAUAAGUCGUGGCGAAACAAUGAAAGUCUUUUUCUUUUUAUCCCUCUUACACCGGAGGAAGAAAGUGCUGUUACCGCUGCAUUUGAGAAGGAUAUCAUUGUUAAGCACGAGAAGUCAAACAUUCAGAUCCCAUCAGAGAAACUUCAGUGCCUUAAACCGGGUGGAUGGUUAAAUGAUGAGGUGAUAAAUUUGUACCUUUGUUUGUUCAAAGAGAGGGAGGAAAGAGAACCACAAAAGUUUUUGAAGUGUCAUUUUUUCUCUACCUAUUUCUAUGCAAAGGUACAAUACAUGAUUGUUUAG